AUGAACCUAAAUGCCGAGUCGGGUGCUGAAGAGAGGGGAAUGCAACUGCAAGAGCUUGAAGAGCUCCACCUUGAUACCUAUGAUUCGGCCAUGUGGUAUAAAGAGAAGACAAAGAUGUGGCAUGACAAGAACCUUCGCAAGAAGGAACUCAAGGUGGGCCAGAGAGUGCUUCUUUUCCAGUCAAGACUCAAAUUGAUGCCCGAGAAGUUGCGGUCAAGGUGGAUAGGCCCUUAUACCAUCGUCUCCAUCAGAGCUAAUGGAGCAAUCGAACUCCAGGGGAGCGAUCCUGACUCGCCUUCCUUUAUAGUGAAUGGACACUGGGUGAAUCCAUGCAGAGAUGGAAUGGAGGCAUCUGUGGUGGACGACAUUCCACUACUCGUGCCUAACUCUCGUCAGUACGCAGUUAAGAAGUGA